AUUGAAAAGUAAAAAUAAGAAUAAAAGUAGCAUCUGAAAGUUUCUGUUCUCUUGGCUACCAGCUUUUACCAAUUUAUUAUAUUUAGGAAGCCCAUUAUUUAUUAAGCCCAUAGCAUUGUUGAAGUAGUUAAAGCCCAUGCCAUUAAAUUAUUUAGUAUGCUCAUAAUAUUUAUACCAAUUGUAAAGUUUAACCUUCUAUUAUUUAUUCUAUUAUUAAUUUUUUUUCUUCUUGUUGCUGUUUUUGUUGUUAGGUUUGAUUUACUUAUUCUUUUUAAUAGGUAAAACCUUAAGUUUAUACAAUAUCUCAGCAUUCAGAUAAACACAGUGUUGAUACCGGUACAACACAUACUGGUCUUUGCAUAUCUCCUGUAAUUAAUUUUGUAUGGAGUAUUGCUUACACAAAAUUAUUAUUAGAUUUAUGGAAAGAUAAUUACAAAGUGCUAAUAUCUGCAAGAAGAUACGCAAAUAUUUAUAAACAAAUGACAGCUAAAUUUUCAAACGCAUUUAAUAUCAUACCUCUUUUAACUGGAUCUCAAAUUCAAUCUAAAAUUAGUAUUUUGAGGAAACAAUUUAGGCAAAUUAUAUAUUAAUGUGUGAUACAAUACUAAAAUCCUGAAAGUAUUUCACAAUAUUAACCAUGUACCAUUUGUAACUGAGUGUUGUAUCAAAAAUUACUAAAAGUCCUAUUCAGUAUUGUAGAUUUACAGCUUGUUAAUAAUUUUUAAUUGUCACAUUUAAAGUUAUUUGAUUCAUAUUAUAUUGUGUUAAUGAUAUGCUUAUAUUUACUUAUAUUUAUGUAUAUUUUUCAUAGACGAGAAAAUGUUCAAGCAGGUUCAUCGAGAGGAGCUUCUAGUAAAGGGUGGCCUUACGAUAUUGUUGCCAAAAUAAUAGGUGGUGAAGCUUUCCUUGAUGAUAAUCUUUUAUCUCAAAGUCAAAACUUUUUUAAUCAAGAUUUUCAAGAUGAUCAGAUUGCCAUAAUGGAGGAUGGCAAGGAGACUAUCGAUAUUUUACAUAUUGAAGCUUUGGAUGAUAUAAGUGAUGUGAAACCAAUUAUCACUAUUUCUGAUAAGGAACCAACUCAAUCUACAUCCGGCUGCAACAAACGAAGGAACUCUGAUGUUGAUUAAACUUUAUUAAAAAUUUUUCUUCAUAAUGUUUAAAAAUAGCAAAUAAAAAAUUAGAUGUUCAAAUCCGUUCACAAGAGCUACGUAUCAGAGAGGUUACUGCUUUAGAGAGUGUGUGCAGCGCAAUCUAAAAUGCAUCUCAAGCCUAAGUAGAUGUGUAAAAAGCCUAAAUAGAAUAUUAUAAAUUCUUAAUUUGUAAUAUCAUUUUAACAAAAUGUAUUUAAUA